CUAUGACCUGAGGUCGUGUGGCUUCUGUCCACAUCAAUACGGAAUUCAAUAAAAGGCUAACGCAUCCCCGAUGUUACAGUGAUCCAGACACAACCCAACUAUGGGAUGGAUGCAUUGAAGAAGAACGAGAGGCUGUAACCUUUUAACUUUGUAACGUGAUGUACAUUUCCCUGUAUGACGUUUCCUUUCGAAACUACUUCUGGUCACGUGCAUCCAGGUCCGACUUGACGAAAGUGGAGAGACACACAAAGAGAGUGAGAAUGGAGAGCACAUCGGCGAUUGUGCACAUUUGCUAAGGAACAAAACGUAGCCGCUAUCUCCGUGGAAAUAAACAGUCAGGAUACUGGCUAGAAGCUCCUGCUUUGUCUCUCUCUCUCUCCUUCCUGGAACAGCACGGUUAUACUUGCUCAGAGAUAAUGGAACUGCAGAUGCUGGAGAAUCCGACAUAACAAAAGUGUGGAGCUGGAUGAACACAGCAGGGCAAGCAGCAUAUUAGGAGCGCAAAAGCUGACGUUUCGGGCCGAGACCCUUCUGUGAUAAUAAGGUGUAGAGCUGAAUGAACACAGCAAGCCAAGCAGCAUCAGAGGAGCAGGAAAGUUCGGUCUUUCCGGAGGGUAACUUCUUCAAGAUACAGCUCUUCUGUCAGGACAUCUCCAACUUCUUAUUAAGAGGUCUUCAUUGACUAAGAGAGACCAUGGAUUUCAUUCGAGAACAACGUUCUGAACUGGUUCAAAGAAUGCGAAGACAGGUAAUCGACCAGAUCGUUGAUAAACUUUACAGCAUUGGAGUUCUGAACACUGAAGAGAAAGAUUUGAUUCAGGAAACAUUGCUGUCUCAGGAAAAAGCCAGGGUGAUUCUUGGGUACAUUGAGAACAAGGGAACAGCUGCAUGUCAACUAUUUUUGGACUAUCUCAAGUGCUACGACCAGUAUCUCUUUCAGGACCUGAAAUGCACAAAUAUCCAGAAAUACAUGGAGAAGGAUGUUGAAAUGAUUGCUGAAGACUUACGGAGACUUUAUCUAUCUUCAGCUUUUCAAAAGUUCCAUCCUCUUGGCGAGGAAAUAGACAUCAUUUUCGACCUGGAAACCACCUUUUCAGAUGCUGAGUUCUGGAAAAAAAACACAAGCAACCGCACAAUAAACCAGCUACAGUUCCAGGACCUUCUGGGUGAACUAAGGGACCUAACAGUGAUUGAAGGUGAAGCUGGCAAAGGUAAAACAACUGUUUUGAAGAGAAUCGCAUCUCUCUGGGCUUCUGGCAAACACUCCUCACUCAAUGGUUUUAAAUUAGUUUUCUUUAUUAGCCUCAGGAGUAUGCAGAAAGGAUUGUAUGAAAGCAUCUGUGAACAGCUGCUUAGGGAACCGUACAGCGUGGGCAGUGCAACAUUCAUGAAAAUCAUAGAGACGCUGGAGCAAAAAGUGCUGUUUUGCUUGGAUGGUUUUGAUGAAUUUAAGCCCCAAGAUUAUCCUGAGACUGCCAGGCUCUUCACAAAGAACGUCCAGUACAAGCACUCCGUGGUUUUAACAACACGAACUGAGACCCUGAGCCAGGUUCGAAGCUACGCUGAUCUCCUAGUGAAAAUAGGAGACCUAAGUUACAGCAGUGCUCAAAUGCUGAUUGAAAAUGUCCUUGAGGAAUCCCUGGCCAAAAAGUUAUUGAUUCAACUUGAGCAAUCGAGUACUAUGAAGGAGAUGAUGAAAACUCCGCUCUUUGUAGUGAUCGCAUGUGCCAUCCAAAUGGGGGAUGAUGACUUCAUUCCAAAGACACAAACAGCAUUGUUCCAUACCUUGCACAAGCUAAUGAUCAAUAAAAAUCAAUACAAAACCGGAGACUUGCCAGAAGAAUACAUUACUGAGAGCGUAAAUCAUUGUGGAGACUUGGCUUUGGAUGGAGUCUUUAAGUCCAAGUUUGAUUUUACCAUAGAGGACUUGUCAUCUCAGAAAGAGGAAAGGCUGCUGUUGGCAGCAGGCCUCCUGAAUAAGUAUGGUGCUCAGAGACUGAAACCAGUUUACAGAUUCUUUCACAAAUCUUUUCAGGAGUACACUGCAGGCAGGAGGCUACAUGAACUGUUAACAUCAAGCUCAGCAACAGAGGCUUCCAGAGGGCAGAUGUAUUUACAGAAAAUUAGGACUAUCUCAGACAUCACCUUCAAAUACCAGAAUCUACUUCAGUAUACAUGUGGAUCAUCCAAAGAUGCUGCUGCUGAAGUAUUCAAGUACAUUGUAAGUGUUAAGGACCAUGGAACACUCCUGCAGUUCCUUAAUGACAAUGAAGAUGGUGUGAAUGUAGAAACCCAGAUGCAAAGUUCAGAGGAAAUAGAGAGACUUAAACUCCUAAACAUGAACACGCUUGUUGAACGUGGCCUGACAUUUGUCUACGAAAGCCGAUCUGAAUCUGCCCUGGCUGCAGAGUUUGAAACUUUCCUGCAGGACAAAACACUCCAAAUCAAUUCCCAUUUUAUACCAGAUUACCUUUUCUAUUUUUUUGAACAUUUGCCGACCUGUUUAAGAGCUUUAGGUCUCAUUAAACUUGAGUUUUUUGGGAACUUCACUUCUUCAAGUGUAAAUGAAAUCAAGAAAACUGAGAGUGAAAAUCAAGCACAGAAUGUAACUCAGGCACUCAUACCUGAGCCUGCCAUUAAACUCUUCUAUGAAACACCCUGGAAUCAGUCCUUUAACACAUUGCAAAUCACCAUGAGAGAUUUUCCAGGUUUGAAACUGAGGGAGAUCAAGUGUAUUGGUAAAAUCUGUUGCUCUGCUUCAUCUUUAAUACUAUAUAUAAGCAAAAGUGCAGGCAUUACAGGAAAACUUCAUAAAAUUCUGAAUACAUGUGCACGGAAUGUGCAGGAUCUGGUUAUUGAAUCCACGCCAUUAACAGAGGAAGAUGAACAACAAAUAGUUAAGAUGACCCAAUUAAAGACAUUGUACCUGACUGAUCUCCAGACAGAACAUAGAGAUGGAGGAUUCAUUAAUGGGAUACAUUGCUUGAAAAACAUUGAAAAGCUGGUCCUAGAAAAUGUGAAAAUGAAUGAUGAUGACAUUAAAAAAAUAGCUGAAAGCCUGAAGAACUUCACCAGUAUCUCAGUGUUCCACCUAUCCCAGCUGACAGGACUUGGCAAUGGAAUCGAGCAACUUGUCACCGAAUUAAGCAGUGGUAACUGCAGUCUCCAAGAAAUUAAGCUGGCCAGCUGCUGUCUGACGGGGAAUGCCAUCAGAACACUUGCUCAAAAUCUGCACAAGUUGGAAAAGUUGGAAGUCCUUGAUCUAUCAGGAAAUAACCUAGAAGAGCAAGCCAUCAAUGCAGUCAACAUACUACUUGAUCAGCUAACAGUUGUAUUGGGUUUGAAGGUGCUGAUGCUGCCUUUUGGAUCCAAUGUCAACACUUGCUUUGAUAAGCUGGUGAACCAACUCAAAAGCCUAACCAAUAUGACCAAGUUAGGUCUGCAGAAAUGGAAUCUGAAUGACGCAGACCUUCUCAAACUGACUUCCCUGAUAACCAGUGGGCAUCUGGAAAACCUUCAGUGCUUGGAUCUUGCAAAGAACUCAGUGACCAACAAAGGCUGGAUAGCAUUUUUUGAAACCCUGAGGACAAGUGAAACCAGCUGUCUUUGCAAGUUGACAUCAUUGGAUUUUAGCAGCCAAGAGGAACUAUAUCCCGAGGCAUUCAUGGUGAAGGAAUUUGUCCAGUGGAUAGUAAAGCUACACUUUAUUCAUGAAGUUGUGCUCAUCAAUUGGAUGUUUGAUGAAAAUGAUCUGAAUAUGAUUAAGAAAGCAAAAGCAGCCCAAAAGCGAGAAUUUCAAUUAAGGCUUACAGACACAUACAAGUGACAGUCAACAAAUAGAGUUGAGACAUAGCGAGUUUUGAGAAGAUUUGUAGCUCAGGUUGAGGUUCUGGAUGUGAGUUUGCUCGCUGGGCUGGAAGGUUAGUUUUCGGACGUUUCUUCACCGUU